AAUAAAUUAAGAAUGACCAAAAGCUCAUUGUGGGGAGAAAAACUCAGAGGUGUUUCCCAACAUUAGAAAUAUAUAUAAAGGGGUAGUUCGCUAAAACUUAGUCUCAAACUAUAAGCCUUUGGUUCCACCAAAUCUUUUCAGUGAGUGUUAGCGAGGUAUACUUAAUGGCAAGGAUGUCUGAUCCUCUUGUGAUAGGGAGGGUGGUAGGGGAUGUAGUGGACAAUUUCAGUCCAUGUGUGGAGAUGUCUGUAACGUACAACUCAUCAAAGCAAGUGUACAACGGGCAUGAGCUGUUUCCUUCAUCUGUCACAACCAAACCUAAGGUUGAUGUUCGUGGUAGUGACAUGAGAUCUUUCUUUACACUGAUUAUGACAGACCCAGAUGUUCCUGGUCCUAGUGAUCCAUAUCUCAGAGAGCACUUGCACUGGAUUGUUACAGACAUCCCAGGCACAACGGAUUCCUCAUUUGGAAAAGAGUUAGUGAGCUAUGAAGUACCCAGGCCAAACAUAGGCAUCCAUAGGUUUGUGUUUCUGCUCUUUAAGCAAAGGGGAAGGCAGACCGUCGUUGGUCCAUCUUCAAGGCAUAACUUUAACACUCGUAGUUUUGCUCAUGAAAAUCAAUUGGGAUUACCUGUUGCUGGUGUCUUCUUCAACUGUCAAAGGGAAACUGCAGCCAGAAGACGUUAAUCAUCCUGUUUAUUUACCUCAUUAUAUUAAAAAAGAUGGUAAUGUUAAUGUAUGUGGAAUUCCAGAACGGGCCUGGUUGCUUAGAAUAAAGAAUGGGGGUGAACCUACUUGUAUUGUAGCACUCAUUGGCCGAUUAUGUGAUCCUUUAAUUUGUUCUUGAUCUUGUACGUAAUAUCUUAGGUAAAUUUAAGGGCUAUCUCCAUAGGAUGUGCAACUGGCCUUGUAAGUCAAUAUGAUAUUAUAGUAUUUAAGUGCUAUGUCCAUAAAGUUUACUAUAAAAAUGUUUUUCAAUAAAUGCAAUUUACAUA